AUGCGGGUCAUACAUUGCUUGCUGGCCUUCACGUUGGCCUUGACUUCGGCCACGAUUCUCGAGAAUGGCCAAGUGAGAGAGAACCCAUACCCGGGUCAGGUGUCGGCCAUUGACCUCGAUGAUUCGUGGAGGACCUACGAGCCUGAUGCCCCGGAGAUUUCCUACAAGGGUCGCUGGGAUAGCAAGCACGUUUCCUCUUGCUCUCAGCUUCGGCCAGAGUACCACCCCAGGCGUGCUGGUCGCCUAUCGGUAAGGAGAUCGUCUAUGCCCCAGGCUCAUCGGCUAAGGUUCAAUAGCGUCGGAUCGCUCGACUGGCAAUUCUCCAACGUCACUGCCGACGCCACGUACCAGUUUGUUGGUCCCUGGUCCGAGCUGGCAGAUGGCGAGGAAAUUCCCGACAAGAAUGUAUUCGAGAUGCGAGUCCAAAUUGCGGGUGUUGCUGUCGCUAGCGACGCUGCCUUAUCACAGCCUCCGAAGUUUGAGAAAAAGAUCGAGAUCAUCGGCGGCUCUCUUGCAUCUGGGCAAUUUGCAACGUAUGAGACCCUUUCCUCUUGGUCUUUCCUCUUCGCGAAUGGCCUUGGCAACGUCGAGUACGGAAUAACAGCAUAUCCCGGCGUUUGCCUUGCCGACCUUCAAUGCUACGGAGGCGGCACACAUGGUGUGCAAUGGUUCUGGCACCAUGCCUCAGACCCUGGAUCUCGCGCUUCGGCAGCGUACGGCGCCGAGCCUGAAGAGUGGGACGUUGUCGCAGAGCAGCCUGCCGAUCUGGUAAUUAUCCAAAUGGGUGGCAACGACCACCGCCAUCCCAACGAUAUCCCAGGAAGGAAUUACUACCACGCCUAUGUCGAUCUGGUAGAUGACAUCCACUCCGUCUGGCCUAAUGCCGUUGUUAUCCUCAUGUCUCAAUGGGGAACAUUCAUCAAGCAGAAGAAGCAGUACGUGGGCAGUACAUACUACCUUGAAGAGACGAAGCAGGUCUACGAGCACUUCAAGGACCGUGGAUUUGUCUACUACUUCCCCACGGAGGGUCUUUUGGCUCACAAUGAUAUUAACCCCAAGAACCAUCUUACCGAUGUGGGGCAUGUCAAAAUUGCAAGCCAUCUACUGCAGUGGGUUAAGUUGGUUCUCAGAUGGAAGCUUGAGCCAACGAGUGAAGUCCAAUCUGGAACCACUUAUUGGAACGAUCAGCAGGAGUAUUGA